CUCCGCUCGUCGCCCCUUCCCCGCUUAAGGUGGCCCCCGCGGGAUGCGCGGCGCGCAGGAGCCGGCUGCGGGCGGCCCUGGGCGCUCCCCCCACCCCCCGGCACAGGGUGGCCUUAAAUCGGCUCCGCGCCGCGCGUAACCGCAUCGCCGGCGCCGUCUGAAGGCGGUCGCCGCCAGCCACCGGCAGCGCCGACGGGCCGGUCCCGGUCCCGGUCCCGGUCCCACCGCGCACGGAGGACACCCCUCCGCCCGGCGGCGGGCGAUGCUCCCCCGGCAGCCCCCGGCAUCUCCGCCCUGACCGGCGCAUCUCGCCAGGUAGAGAGAUGCCUGGGCAUUGGAAGCUCUCUGCAGCAUGCUGAGGAGACGUAACCUUCUUACCACGCUCCUGAUCGCCUUGCCAUGGGCUCUUCUCCUAACCUUGUGGCACCAGUACCCAACUACCCGCUACCUCAGCCUGUUGAGAAAAGAGACAGAUGAGAACGUGACCUCUAAAGUUCUUCUCAAUGGUACAUCUGCACUGAGAGAAGAAGGCCUCCCAUCAUGCAUUCGGCAGCAGCAAAGCAUAGGGGCAACGCCUAAAGUCAUCCAGAAUUAUGUGUACUCCAGGCCUCCCCCAUGGUCAGACACCCUGCCAACCAUCUUUGUUAUCACCCCUACCUACACCCGGCCAGUCCAAAAAGCUGAGCUGACCCGUCUGGCCAACACCUUCCUACACGUACAGAACCUGCACUGGGUGGUGGUGGAGGACUCGCCCCGGAGGACCAACCUGGUAUCCAACCUGCUGGAGAAGGCAGGGCUCAACUUCACCCACCUCAAUGUGGAGACACCCAAGAGUUUGAAGCUGGGACUGUCCUGGAUCCCAUCCCACACCCCAAGGGGGACACUACAGAGGAACCUGGGGCUGCAUUGGCUGAGGGACAGCUUCAGCAACACAGCGCCACCAGAAGGGGUAGUGUAUUUUGCUGAUGAUGAUAACACCUACAGCCUGGAGCUCUUUGAAGAGAUGCGCUACACAAGGAGGGUGUCAGUCUGGCCGGUGGCUUUUGUUGGGGGACUGCGAUAUGAAUCCCCAAAAGUGAGCCCAGCAGGGAAGGUGGUGGGCUGGAAAACCGUCUUUGACCCUAACCGGCCCUUUGCUAUUGACAUGGCUGGAUUUGCUAUCAGCAUCAAGCUGAUUUUGGAGAAGCCUCAGGCCAGUUUCAAGCUGGAGGGAGUUAAAGGAGGCUACCAGGAAACCAGUCUGCUGAAGGAUCUAGUGACUAUGGAUGGCCUGGAGCCCAAAGCAGCCAACUGCACAAAGGUGUUGGUCUGGCACACAAGAACUGAGAGGCCCACUCUGGUUAACGAAGGCAAGCGCGGAUUUACAGACCCCAGAGUAGAGGUGUAAGCACAGAGUCACCUCCAGGGCAGGCAGCGGGCAGUGAUCGUUCCCAAAGUCUGUCAGCAACCACAGCAGCUGCGUGCCCUGCCUGUUCCAUUCAGCCCUCUGCUCCGCUGCUGGAGGAUGAUGAACACCCCCGAAUGCCGCCACACCGAUCAGCUCCCACUGCCCGAAAAGUGGUAACGAGCAGGGACAGAGCUGAUGUGGUGCCCUGCCAUCCUACAGCUCUUCACCCUUGACUUCAUGCACUGGCUCCCGUUCCUCAGCUGGGAGAGGAGUCCUUCCCUUCCCCUGCGGGCUCUGUGUUUUUAACCAUUCAUUAAAAUUUAUUAGAUGUUAUCUCCAUUCUUGGCUGUGCCAGCACAGAAGCUGAAAUCCAGGAUGGGUGUGGGUGCCUCUGAAGGUCUUUGCUGGCAUAUCAUGAAACCUGAGCUUCAGUACAGCAGCUGUGAGCUGCGGUGGUUCAAGGACAGGAGCUGUCACAAAAGCACAAAUGUGGACCUGUUGGCCUGAGGCUGGUAUGCUCUCAAAACAGCUUUAAAACAAAGCUAGCCUGAGAGAGGCUCUCCCUCUGAAGGAUGCACUUAGACAACUACAUGGAUCAGCCUUCGGUGUUGGGGAGGGAGCUGUGCUGAAGUGUCUCAUUUUGGGUUUGAGAGUUCAGAAGGGAUCUGGUGCCUACGCCUUGGCUGAGAACUUGAACUGCCUUCACUUAAGGUUGUUUUGGGAAAUGCCGUCCCAGAUCCCCAGGCCCAGAGCCCUCUGGGUAAAGUUCCUCUCCCGCUCAGGGAGACCCAGCAGGUACUGUACCUCAAAGGCCGUGCCUCCGUGUCUCACUGCAGAGACCAGAAAGCAGGGGUAAAGAUGGGUGAACUUCAAAGCGUUGUUCCUAGCCCGGAACCCUCCUGCAGCACCACCAGGUGCUUCGGUAGCCUCAAAUAAUGUACACAGACUUGUUUCCUAGACCUCCAGAGAGGAAGACACCUCUCUGGGGCGGAGGUGGGUGAGAGUGCUCAGAGAAGAGGAACCUUCAGCCUGCUCUCAUCUCCUGUGAGAACGUUGAGGAAUGUGGAGAUACACCAUCAAGAAGCGUAUCUCGAGCAUGUAGAUGAUAACUGAACUAUCAAAUGUGACAAGGUUUUCCAGUUGAACUUUGAAAAGCAUGUGUGGCCCUGUGAAGAGAGAGGAGUGUGUCAUGUGGAAGGCUUUCCCUUUCCCUCAAUAAAACAGGAAGACAGCCAGGUGGAAGGCAGCCCACAAAGGAGGAGGUGACAAAUGAGGACUGAAGGAAGGAUGCACUGGAUUAAAAGCACAAGUGUUGGUACCAUGUGUGUGCGUGGGGAGUGGUGUUGCUGUGACUUUCCCAGGAGGAUUCCCUGAAUGACCCAGAAACCCCUCUGAGCACAUGUUGAAAACCAUCUUCACUCAGGCCAUGAGAAACAAGGCUUCAGGCGUUCAAAACACAUUGAGGAUUUCACAGCUGGGGGAAAGUUAUGAGCAACUGAAUCAUCCCCACCCGAGAAAUUCUGGGCUGGCAGGAGACUUAUUUAUUUGUUGAUUUAUUUAUACUAGAAUUCUUCUCUGCCUAUUCCUUGUUUAGUUUUGGUUUUUAGCUUAGAUCAUCUGACAUGUUCAUGAAGAAAGAAUAUUUCCCCCCCCUCGCCCCAGCCUCUCACAGGAGAACCAUAGAGCUUAGCAUUCACCGAUGAAUGUCGUAUGUUCUGCGCUCCGCGGGGUUUCUUUACAAUGGUGUCUUAAACUGGCAAAAUAAUCAGAAACACAGCAAGGAGGGGAGUACAGUGAAAGGAAUUACAGUUUCUUUAUGCAAGAAACGUGGGUGGCACUAAGUUUCUGGCUCCCGAGCAAUCAUAGCAAGGUAAAAACAUGUGCAAAGGAGUGCCUCGCUCAGCAGAUAGUCCCCAUGGGAUCUCAGGAAGCCUGCCCGAAGGGGGCUCUUCGAAGGGUAUCUGAGAGAGGGAGUUGGUCCAUGUUCCCUCACAUGGGGAACAAGCGGCUGCGCACACUGCUAUGGGAGGGGGCUAAAGCACAGGAGGGGGCAAAGGGGGUGAGAUGCCUCCUAUCAGAGAGGAAGCCAGGAGAGAUCAGAACAGGCAGCAAAUAGAGAAAUGGAGGCCACGCUGAGUGAGGCCCAGGCCAGGAUCUUUUUGGAUGAACACAUCCAGCACUACAAGGCCACCAUGCCAGCCAUCUCCGCAUGAAGAAAUACUGAAUGGGCCACAAAAACGGUGUCUUCUCUGGGCCCUAGAAAGGUCCUUACAGAGCAAGGGUCUGGUUUACUGGCAUUAGAUAGCAUGAAGGAAGCCCGGUGUCUACAAAACACUUUUCAUUCUCCAUUUGUCAGAGCUUUGUGUCCUGUCCCCCAUGGGAAGUAACAGGCCUUGCACUCCAGUGGGCUUUGCUGACCCAUCCCUGCCACCAGGCAGGUGGGCUCAAUGCUUCCGUCCAGCAUUAAACCAAGAUUAAGUCCCCUUUUUUGUGGUUUUGAUGAAUGAGCAAGAGUGAGGGAAUAAAGGAGUUGAUUUACGAUCCUCCAUUUUCUCCUCUGAGAUGGGUAGGGUUUCUGCCUGAAUGAACAGGAGGGGAUAUGGCAAUUAAUUCCUUGGCCUUUGAUCUCGCACAGGCCCUACAUAGGGUUUUGUCACUGAAGGUGGGUAGUUGCAGCAAGGGUUUGUUCCCAUUGCAAAGGAUACCCACGCACACAUGUUUUUAGAGAGCUGUUCUCUCUGCAUCCCUAUAAGAAAGCAAAAUUAUUAUUCAUGGGUUUCCCACUGGAAACCACGUAUCCAGUGACACGGGCUACACUGUCAGUUCAGCGCCGGUCAGAGCCUGCUCCCACCACCAGCCCAUUCCAUCCCAUUCUUGCCCCAGCCUGGCCCUGCGGAGGAGAGUUUCUGUGAAUCCAAGAAUCAAGAACCAGUCACUAAAUUGUGCAGGACCGAGACCUUGCAUGGACAGCGUGGAUGUACACAGCUGAUACUCCAGGCCAGCAGACAUUUGGACCCGUUCAUCACAAAUACACUUUUGCCUGUGGAGCAGCCUAGGGACAGCAAGGACCGCUGCUGGCCAAGGUGUAUCAGCUAAGGGCAGGCGAAUUACAGACGCCACAAAUUAAGAUGUCUGUUUGUUAGCAGAGCUGGGUGGGAGAGCCCAGUGGUGGAGCAGCGGUCAGAGUUACAGGCUUCGGUGAAAGUGAAUGCAGUGAGUGAAUGCCAUAAGGAGGGAGGCUGCAGAUCAAGCCUGAAGUGUUUAAAGAAGAGAAGACAUCCCAGCACCUGGUUUUUACUAGCAUAUUAGUAUCUGAUAUUCAUGUUCUCUGAGAUUCAUCCAAUUCAACAACCAAUGAAUAUUACUAACAUUUCCUGUUGCAGAAAAUACUGUUGACAAAGGAAAGAGAAUGUCAAGAAAGUAAUUUUUAAUGGUUAUUUAUUUAUAUUGAAUGGUACUAGAGCAUUAUUAAAUAUUA